GCACUUGAACUUGAGUUUUCUCCCAUUGUAGAAGCCAGAGAGCCGCACAGAGCCGCACAGAGCCGCACACAGCCCGGGGAUGCGGGACUCUGCAGCGAGUACAAAGAGAAAAGAGGGUGGCAGACUGUCCUCAAACCAGCACCGGGCUUUGACUCGAAGAGUUCAAGUCUAACCCGCCCGCCUGGCUGGCACUGCCAGUGCAGCAGAAGAAGUGCCCACCACUUGGCGACACCUCGAGAAGUGCCGAGAAGAAAAUUGGAUUCAUAUUUUAUACACUUUAAUACGGUAAUUGGUGUCUGAUCACCGGGUUUCUCCGGACAGGGACGCACGGUGUCCAGGGUGGCCGGAGAGUGGACACAGGUAGUGACUGACCAUCAGGAGGUGACCGCCGACCUCCAGCGUCUUUCCGCGCGUCUCUCCUCCACUCCACUCCGCCCGGCUGCUCACUUCCUCCGCUCCCCUGACAUAUGGUGUGAAAGCGGCGGAAGGCAGAGCCGGACUACCCCCCACCUCUCCUCCUUCCACACCGAGACUCAACCAAGCGAGCGCGCAACCACUUUGGCACCGAGCUCCGACCGAGCGCCCGGCCGCCCAGCGCUGCGCCUCGGCCGGUCACCGCAGAGCGCAGGAGCCGCCGCCCGCUGGAGGGAGGUCUGUCGCGCAGGGGUCAGUUUGAGGAGCCAGAAUUGGGGCCAGUACGCAGCGGCUAGUUUGGGGUGGACAACCAGCGGCCGCUUUUGGGGCCAGUUUGCGGCCAGUAUACAGGAGCCGGAGGAGGAGAGCCGACCCUUCCAGCGCCGCUCUCCGGGCGAUGCCAGUGUAAAUGCCAGGGCGAUGUCCCGACGAAAGCAGGGGAACCCGCAGCACCUGUCCCAGAGAGAAAUAACACCGGAGGUCGAGCAUCCUGAUGGCGGCUUGCUCUCCGACUCCCUCCCCCCUCACCCGCUCAGCCUACCCCCACACCCUCUCGGCCUACCCCACCCGUUGGACCCCAGCCUGGCCCACGCCCUGCCGCCGGGCCUCCACGCUGACCACGACCUGCUGACCUGCGGCCAGUGCCAGAUGACCUUCCCGCUAGGUGACAUCCUCAUCUUCAUCGAGCACAAGAAGAAGCAAUGCCAAACGCCGCUGUUAGCCAACGGCUGCUACGACAAGAUGACCGACCGGGGAGGAGGGGGAGGAGGCGGGGGAGGGAGCCCCACUCUGCACAGCCUUCAUCACCACGCCAACCGGGUGGAGCUGAGGAAGGUGCUGGAGCCGGUGGAGAUCGGCAUCCAAGUGACACCAGAGGAGGAUGAGGAGGCGGGAGAAGGUCAAAGAGGCAACAGGGGACAGAGGACGCCCCCCAAAGGAAUUUGUCCCAAGCAGGAGAACCCAUUGGCAGGUGGCAGGGAUGAACCUUCCAGCUAUAUAUGUACCACAUGUAAGCAGCCCUUCCCCAGCGCCUGGUUCCUGUUGCAGCAUGCCCAGAACACCCACGGCAUUCGCAUCUACCUGGAGUCCAACCCCUCCAGUACAGCCCUUACCCCACGGAUCACUAUGCCUCCACCCAUGGGCAAUGACGCCAUCCCACAGUCCCCCCUCAACAACUUUUUGGGGGAAAACAAUCCCUUCCACCUCCUUAGAAUGACAGGCCCACUACUCCGGGAGCCUCCACCAGGCUUUGUGGAGAACCGCCUCCCCAACACGCCUCCGUUUGUCAGUCCGCCUCCCCGCCACCACCUGGAUCCCCAUCGGCUGGAACGCCUUAGCGCUGAGGAAAUGGGCCUCAUCUCCCAGCACCCCAGUGCCUUUGAGAGGGUGAUGCGGCUGACGCCAAUGGCCAUGGAGUCCCAGUCUAUGGACUUUUCCAGGCGGUUACGUGAGUUGGCAGGGAACAACAACAACACCACGCCACCGUUGUCACCCAGCAGGGCCAACCCUAUGCACCGACUACUAAACCCCAACCCCUUCCAGCCAGGGCCAAAAUCACCUUUUCUGAGCACCCCCCCUUUACCGCCGAUGCCCCCAAACAGCACUACCCCUCCCCAGACACAGAACAAGGUCAAAUCCUGUGAGUUCUGCGGUAAGACCUUCAAGUUUCAGAGCAACUUGGUGGUACAUCGGCGGAGCCAUACUGGCGAAAAACCAUAUAAGUGCCAGCUGUGUGACCACGCCUGUUCGCAGGCAAGCAAGCUGAAACGCCACAUGAAAACCCACAUGCACAAGGCUGGCUCGCUGACGGGGCGCUCAGAUGAUGGUUUAUCCACCACAAGCUCUCCAGAGCCAGGCACCAGUGACGUUACAGGUGAGGGCAUGAAGAAUCGUGAUGGGGACUUCCAGGGGGACGGCAAUGAAGAGGAGGAGGAGGAAGAAGAAGAAGAGGAACUUGAAAAUGAGAGCCGACCAGAAUCCAACUUUAGCAUAGAGUCUGAGUUCUACCGGAACAGGGAGAAUGGUUCAAAACCGCCCUUAGAGGAGAAGUCGUCGCUUGCCCUUGACAAGAUGGUGGAAGGUGGGGGUCUCAACUCUAUACAGCCGUACAAUAAUUUAAUCGUUGACAAUCGUAAAAGGAUGCCCUUCUCCAAGAGAAGCAUGGAUGGCCAGCGAGACACUGGGGAUGAGGACUCAGUGGCUGGGGAGAUAGACCACCACCAGCAGGGAGAGAGGACAACCAUUAAUGGCCGGAACUGUGGCUCCGGUGACUCUUUCUCAGGCCUGUUCCCCCGUAAGCCCACUCCCAUCACCAGUCCCAGUCUAUCCAACUCCUCAAAUAAGAGGAUCAAGAUUGAGAAGGACUUGGACAUUCCCCCAGCCCCCCACAUCCCCUCUGAGAAUGUCUACUCCCAGUGGUUGGUGGGCUAUGCUGCCUCUCGCCAUUUCAUCAAAGACCCUUUCCUAGGCUUCACUGACUCCAGACAAUCGCCCUUUGCCACUUCCUCCGAGCACUCAUCUGAGAACGGCAGCCUACGGUUCUCCACACCUCCAGGUGACCUGUUGGACGGCGGCCUGUCAGGCCGCAGCGGCACCGCCAGCGGAGGCAGCACGCCUCAUCUGGGUGGAGGGGGCGGUCCGGGCCGACCGAGCUCCAAGGAUAGCAGGAGGUGUGACACCUGUGAAUACUGUGGCAAGGUGUUUAAGAACUGUAGCAACCUGACGGUGCACCGGCGCAGCCACACUGGUGAGAGGCCCUACAAGUGUGAGCUGUGCAACUAUGCCUGCGCCCAGAGCUCCAAGCUCACACGCCACAUGAAAACACACGGCCAGCUCGGUAAGGAGGUCUACCGCUGUGACAUUUGCCAAAUGCCCUUCAGUGUGUACAGCACUCUGGAGAAACAUAUGAAAAAGUGGCAUGGAGAACAUUUGAUGACCAAUGAGGUCAAAAUUGAACAAGCAGAGAGAACCUAAAGCAGGUUCCAUAUUUCUGUACUCUGCGCCACACUUUGACUUUAAAAAAACAAACAAAAUGGGGUAGCUGGAUACUCUUUUUGUGAAAUAUUAAUUUUGGGUUAAUUUUGUGUUUUUGCCUAAGAAACUGCCAACUGAGAAAAAAGUGAAAACAGAAAUCUUAACACCAUUUGAAGCUGUCUAAACUGCCUCAUUUGGCGUUCCUUUUUAAACAAUCAGUCAGUUGAGUUUUAACAUUUGUGGAGCCUUUAACUGUGCAAUAAUUUCUGUAUUUAUUGGAUUUUGUAUUUUGGCAUGUGCAGGUACAUUUUUAUUUAGGCAUUUUUUUACAUUUUACUUUGAUUUUGCUUUACUCUGUUUUUUAAAAACCCACAUGAUAUUCCUGAGAGUUUUUUAAAAUGACAAAAAAUCCAUUUUAAGUAAACUUUUUUGGCCGCUGCUUGUAGGAAAUUGUAUAUUAAGCUAAACGUGUGAUUUGUUGAAGAGAAGCUGAAUUCAAUCUUCGAUUUGAAAGUGCGUUUCACUGAGAAUGCUAGAAUUAGUCUAUUUUGUGUGAUGACGAUAACGCGGACAACAAUCCUUUGGCAUUGUAGCAUGAACUGACUCUAAAAACAUGUCAAUAUAAUUGGAUAUGUAGCACUGACUGUCAUGUUUGACGGUAAAUCUAAAAGAGGAUCCCAAGGUUCAUAAAGCCUCUCCUCCUGAGAACAUCAUUACCAGCCACAAGAAACAGAUUCUAGAUAAGGCAGCUGCUGACUGGUACUUAGUACCAAGCCCUGACAACGCUACAAACACCACCCUUCACUCCCCCUGCUUUCCUCAUCCCCCUUUCACCUCACCAUGUUACCUUCAUUCAUAUAUCCACGCCUAUGUAUUAUAUUUUGCAUGAAGCCAUAUGAUCGAGGCUAUAUUAUUUGAGGAGUAAACUGAGCACGAAGCCAUGAAAGACGUGUAUGCAUAGAGACAGAUGGAUGGACAAGACUAGGGAGUGAGCACAGGGACAUCUCAGGGUGAGCUAUACUACUUUUCUUUAUUUACUCAUUCACUCCUAAGUUGCCCCUCGGCCAAGUACUUUCAUUCCAUUGUAUGGAAAUAAUUAGGGACACUCCAGUCUCCCCUGCUGCCCUCCAUCACCCCCCACCCAAAAAACACCAUGCUAACACCCAAGCUUUACCCCUGACCAUACCCACCUACAGUAUAUUUUACAUCACUGCUUCUAAUAAUACAAAUUUAAAGGGUUAAAUAUGUGCAUACAUGGCAGAUGCCACCACUGUAACUAGAUUUCUGCAGAAAAUUUUAACUCAAAAUUUAUUAAAAAUCAACAUCCCUAUGCAUUUUGUGCUUAAAUAAAUUACAAUUUCUUAAAAAAAAUAAAUAACAUUAGUAGUAAAUUUUGACUUGUAUUGUUAUAGUGAGUCUAUGAUUGUAUAAAAUUAAUCUGAUGAAUUAAGUCACCUCUGCUGGAAUAGGAAACCUCAUUCCUAAAUUUCACUGUUGGUUGUGGGACAGUUUUGUGUAGACGAGGAAAAACAUGUAUCAGUGUGUGCUGAAAUAGUAAGACUACUAGUAAGACAAGCAGCAUCAGUUUGCUCCAUGCCUCUUUGUUAUUUUUUAGAUAUCAUAACUUUUCUUAAGCCCCACCCACCUAAACUGGCACUUUUUUAUUUUUUAAUUUUUUGUCCUUUUUAUUUUUUUUUACCUUUAAAUCGGAUCACAUUUGUAUGCUGUCAAUGUAAGCGGAUCAUUCGGAGCUCUUAACAACAGACCCGCACUUUAUAAUUUUCCGUCCGACACACACACAGAGCUGGACAGAAAAAGGUACUAAAAAGGGUCUAGAGCUUGGGAUCCCCUGACGCUGAAGUGCCCAGGGUUGUUAGGCUUGGCUUUCCCAAUGCUGGCACUAUAAAAUUGAGUAAAAAACAAAAAAAGCAGAAUUAAUUUAUUUGGGACAGUUUUUGUACUGCCAUUCAAUUUGACAUGAGUGUGCCUUGAAUAAUGAUCUUCCUAUUUAUUGUCUUGACAAAUGCAACAACUUUUUAUGAAGCAACAAAUUGAAUGAGGUCAAAAAAAUCUUGUAAAAUUGUGACUUUGACGUGUAAUCUGAUAUUUCAACAGAUUUAUUGAAAUUAGCGCAAAUGAAACAAUGCUGAGUUUAGGUUUAGGAGUACCCAGCACAAUACUGAUGUGUCUGCGUGUGUAUAUAUGUAUGCAUAUGUACAUAUAAAGGCACAAACCUAUAUAUAGAUAUUUAUCAAAUUCCUCACUCAUAAGGACAAGAAUCUGUCCCUCAACAGAAAAAUUCCAGGAGUGGUUAAAAGCCACACAAAAGUCAAGGAAGAGACUGGACAAAAAUCAGGAAAUGCAUAAACUAAAAAAAAAAAAAAAGAAUUUAGUGCACUCCGUCUUAAAAUAAGUUUACAGUAUUGAAACAAGUACAAGGGUAAAAUAAUAUUUGUGUGUAUGUGUGUUUUAAACAAACGAGUAUUUUUUUUUUUCCAGGUUUGCUUCUAAAAUUUCUCUGAAUGCCGUAGUGGCGAUGUGUAUAUUGUUUUUUUUUUUUUUUCCUUUUUAUUUC